AUGGCAGCAAAACCUAACGUCGACCGCGAAAAGCCCUCCGCUCCUGAGAUUCAAGAUCCAAGCCGACAAGAUAUAGAUCGCAGCGUAAAAGAUCACGAGGAAGAGUGCAUCGAGCCCGACGACCUCUGUCCAAUAUGCCAUCUACUGCUAUAUCGCCCGGUAACAACCCGCCGCUGCAGUCACACGCUCUGCGAGUCAUGCUUGGCAUAUUGGGCGGACGUCUCUUUCUCCUUCCCAAACCAGAUCAGACUCCGUCCACUGGGUGAAAUGCCGACCGACGAUGAUGGUCCUGACGAGGAAAUAUCAGCAAAAUGCCCCAUGUGCAGAACAUUGACAGUUGCGUCAUUUAAUGCAACUCUCGAGGAGACUCUCAAAGCCCGCUAUCCAGGGCAGUACGCGGAACGCCAAGCUGAAGAAGAAACAACAGCAGCCGCUAUAUAUUCGGUAAAGACUCUCACUGUCUAUAUCGGCAAUUUGCAUCGUCUCACAAAGCCGGCAAACAGCAUGUCUACCAACUCGCAUGAGUGGAAAUUCUUUGUCAGACCGUCGCGCACUGAUAUCAUUGACCACGUGAUCAUCCACCUGCAUCCGACUUUUCGGUCUCCUGUUCUAGGAUUUGAACACCCGCCUUACGAAGUUCGCCGCGUCGGCUGGGGCACCUUUAGGAUCGAUGCCGAAAUCCAGUUGGAGCGAGGCUGGCAGUGGGUCAGCAACGAUGCUGAGACCGCGUUGAACGGGCAGGAGAACGGAUCACUGCCGCUGCAUUGGUACCUGGAUUUCGUGGGCCACGGCUCUCAGGGCCGGGUCAAGCUGAAGAUCAAGAAAGUACCGAUUUUGGGUACUGCGGCUAGUACCACGGACGCGUCCCUUCAUUUUCACAGCGAGGAAUCGUCGUCCGAGAGCGAAGAUAUGUCGGAGAGUUCGGACGGGUGGGAUGCGGACGUCGAUGAGGAAUCGGAGCCUGUUGAGACGGGCAGCGAGGAGACCGCGAUGGCUGGGAGCGAGGGUACAGAUGAGGAGGCUACAGGUGAUAUGGAUACUGAUGAACGCCCAGAGACUUCCGAGACCGACAGCGCAUACUCUGAUGAGACUUGGCAAGGCCUGAGUAGCUAG